AUGACGUCUAAUAUUGCUGAGUCUAUCAAUUCAGCUCUCGUACAAGCAAGAGAAUUGCCAAUAUUUGAUUUUCUGGAAGAAGUUAGGAUUAUGUUUGGGCGUUGGAAUUUCACUAACCGACAAAAUGGUUCAUAUACAUUCACAACACUUGGGAAGAAAUUCAAUGAAAUGCUUACCAUUAAUGAGCGUAAAUCUGCACGCAUGACGGUUAUACCAUCAACCGAAUAUGUGCACACGGUAAUUGAUGAGGGGCGGCGUUUCAUAGUUUGUAUUCAAAAGAAGACAUGCAGUUGCAAAGAGUUUCAGAUGGAGGAGAUUCCCUGCCCACAUGCCUGGGCUGUUCUUAAGAAAAAAAAUCUCACAGCCGACAACUAUUGCUCAAAAAUAUACAAACCUGAAACUGUGAUGAAGACUUAUGAUAUCCCAGUUUAUCCUCUACCCGAUGAGAGUGAAUGGAAAAUACCUGGCUACAUUUUGGAAGAGGUAGUUUUUCCACCGAGAUACAAGAGACCGCCUGGAAGGCCAAAGAAGAAGCGCGAUAAUUCUUUAUCUGAAUGGUUUUCAACUAAACGUACAAAUUCGUGUAGUAGGUGUGGACAUGCAACUCCAAGAUUGAGUGAAGACAAAAUGAAACAGUGUGUUGAUCCAAAGCUAAAUAAUGACUGUCCUGCAAAAGCAAUUGCCAAUAUUUUAUGUAUAAUUUCCUCUGAGAUGGCAGCAGUAGCAGCACUUUGUGUUCAAUAUGAGGCAGAUUUUUGGCCAAAUAUGACCAUAGUUGUUAAGGCACUGCAACCACUUCUCAAUGCAAAACCUGCAGGACCUGAGUCUAAUACAUAG